GCGCUUUCCUCGGGGAUGCGAAUGCCUUCGCGGCUCUCCAUUUUCCUUCUUCCAUUUUUCACGUCCCUGCGCCCUGUUUCUCUACGACACCUCGGGGCCUUUCCGCUCUCGACACUCUGUGUCUCUCUCCCACCCCCGUAACGCUUACGCGUUCGGUCCUUCGUGACAACCGGAGGGAUGGAUGACUCGUCAGAACGGUGACGAAGCGUUAAAACGAGACGCGCUUGUCGGAUUUGUGUCGCUCGCUUGCAACCACGAUAAUACCCUGAUUUCGCGUAAUGGGUUUUGCUCGUAGUUUGUCGCUUUCUGAUUCUCUCUCUCUCUCCCUUUUUCCCUCUCUCUUCCUCUCUCCGCCUUCUAUCUGUCUGUCUCUUAUUCGUAUUCCACCUGAAAAUCGCGAAUUCUUUUGUGGAACUGAUGACACUUUGUGCGGUGUUCGCGUAUACACACGCCUCGUUUCUUCUCGGAGCGCUUUCGAGAAAACACUUCCCUUUGAGGAGUUCCGGCGAGGAGCUAUAAGAAUCGCGGAAAGAGAGUGUCGACGCUGAUGAAUUCACGAACUCUUCGUUUCUGACACGCCGUCUAAAUGUUUGAAAAUGCAUUUCUCGGAGCAAGGAAUUUCCUUUCGGAAAAUGUCUUCGUGUAAGAAUAAAUCGUGGAUUCUUUUCUUUGAUGCAUCAUUGUGUACGACUGACACUCGCUUUCUUCUUCCUCUUUCUCGACGCGAAGUUGCUGCUCUUUCGAACAGGUAUUUCGGUUUCGUAACCUCGUUGGAUGAUCGACGGUCAAAAUUGUCCGUGAAAACAGGUCGGCUGAAUGGCUUUUUAACCGGGAAAUCGAAAAAGUGGAGAUGCAAGCGGGCUAAAUUGUCCGUUGAGGAUUAAAUCGUUCGGAAAAGAGAGUAAAUUCGUGUUCACGUUGCAUCAUGUCCGUAGCGGAAACAUUUAUCGAGGAAGAUGGUUUUGGGCUCGUUCCCAGGCCAGAUCGUAAUAAAUAUAAUAAACCAUUCGAAAUUGUUAGAAGAUACACAAUGACGAACAAACACAAAGCAUCGGUGCAGUUGAUAUCUUGGGGUGCUGGUAUUCAAGCUAUUAAAGUUCCAAAUCAAUCAGGAAUUUUAGGUGAUGUUGUUUUAGGAUUCGACGAUAUGGAGGGUUAUUUGAAGAACAGGUACAUAGGAAGUAUAAUCGGACGAGUGGUGAAUCGCAUUUCUUGUGCCAAAAUGAGGAUUGAAAACAAGAUUUACUGUUUAUCUCCGAAUGAUGAAAAUGGCGUUGACCAUUUUAACGGUGGCUUCGUUGGAUUUGAUAAUGUUAAUUGGAAUUCUUGCAUAAUGAAGAAGCAUGUGGUUAUGUCUCACGUAAGUCCAGCAAAAUACGAAGGAUACCCAGGAGAUAUGUUAACGCAGAUUAAAUAUUCUUGGACCGACGAUAAUCAACUUCUUAUGAAUAUUCGUGCUACUGCUACGCAACCAACUCCUGUUAACAUUGCUUCUAAUUGUUUGAUGAAUCUCGCUGGUCAUGCUGCUGGUUCACGCGAAUUGAAGAAACAUCUAAUUUCGUUGAACGCAGAUAGCUGGACACCUGCGGAUAUUAGGAACAAUUUGCCGACAGAUGCUAUACAUCCAGUUGAUCGUACAGUGUUCGACCUACGUUUACCGACUCAGUUAACCAAGAGGCGGCUUUACAUCGUACCAGGGGGUGGUUACAAUCAAAAUCUCUGCAUAAAUAGUCCCAGCAGUUGGUCUUACCGAUUUCACGCUAGAAUAAUUCACCCUGGUUCAGGAAGAACUUUAGAAGUAUAUUCGAAUCAUCCAGGACUGCAAUUUUCCACCGGAAACGAUUUGCCAGAUCCUGAUUGUAAUUAUCCACCUGAUUUUGAGGAUUACUGCGAUUGCACGGAUAAUGAGCCGAAAAUAAAAGAGCAACAAAAAGAAAUUUGGGGGAAGGAUGGUGUGCGAUAUCAGAGGCACGGUGGGUUCAUUUUGUCACCACAAAACUACCCCGAUGCGGUCAAUAUAAGCAAUUUUCCUCCUUGCAUACUUUAUCCUGGCCAGGUUUACACACACGAUGUAACAUAUAAGUUUGGUUUAUUGUCAGAAAAUUUAGAUAUGCCCACUUGAAUAUUUACU